CCCUAUUUAUGGUGGAAGAGAUAUAUCACACGAUUGCAGUUAAUACAGUUCGCUAUACUUAUAGUGUACGGUAUUCUAUGCUUUACAAUAUGGGAUUUGUCACAAAUUCCUGAAGGGUUGCAAUGGUUUGGUAUAGUUCAACCUUUCAUCUUUUUCUACAUGUUCUUCAUGUUUUAUUUGAAAUCAUAUAAAAUCAUAUCUGUCGAUUAUUGGUUGGACGAAACACAUGAACAAAUUAAAGGCUAUUAUCUGAUCGGUGGCGGACCGCAAGCCUUUGUGUUAAUUAUGAUUUCAUGGCUUUUAUUUGUCACUAAAUUGGGGCCAAAUUUUAUGAAAAACCGAAAUCCAUUUGUUUUACGCAAAAUAAUAAUGAUUUAUAACUUUAUAUUAGUUGUAAUCAACGCUUACUAUAUAUACGCGUCGCUAAAAUGGCUAGACUUUGGCCGCAAGUCUUGGGACCCGAAACUACCCGAACGUAACCAAUGGUCGCACAAAGAGAUUGCAGAAUAUCCGGAAAAAUUAUUUUAUGGUUACUCCAAGUUAUUUGAUUUAUUCGAUACCGUAUUCUUUGUGUUGAGAAAAAAGUCAAAUCAAAUCACAUUUCUUCACGUUUACCAUCACUUUAUGGGUAAUUACUUUUUCCUUUAUAUUGAUAUGAAUAAAGCCGGUGGGAAAUACUGGGAAGAGGGCGUCGAUCCGCGCACUCGGGGCUACUUCUUGGUGGACAUGUCGGCUAUAACUAUGGGCACAAUACUCCUAACGUAUAUCUUUCACGUCGUGUUUCUCAUACCAUAUUUGAUGAAAAACCGAAAACCUUUCGACUUAAAGCGGGUUAUCAUCGCUUACGACGUGUUACUGGUAGCGAUAAACGGAUAUUUCUGGGUAUACGCCCUUGCUCAUUUCUCAGACCUCUGGAAUUUUUCAAAUCCCAAAAAUGAUACGUCCGAUAAGGCGAUGGCAUUUAUAAAUACGGCUCAUUUGUAUUAUUUGUCAAAAUUAAUCGAUUUGUUUGACACGUAUUUCAUGGCACUGAAGAAGAAGAACUCUCACAUCUCGUUCCUACACGUGUGGCACCACAUAUCGGUUCCCGGCGCCGAAUACUUGUUCCCAUUGAUGAACGGUUUCGUUCACGUAGUUAUGUACGGGUAUUACGCUUUGGCCGCUUUGGGACCCCAAUACCAAAAGUACUUGUGGUGGAAAAAGUACAUCACCCAGAUGCAAUUGGUCCAAAUGACCAUGGGCUUUGUCUGGUUUAAUAUUGUCUGGUAUAUGCAGACAGACUUACCGACAGGUUAUCUGGCGUGUAAUAUAGGCAACGCCACCGCACUCUUCAUACUGUUUAUGAAUUUCUAUAUACAAUCGUAUAGAAGAGGCGACAAACAAAUUAAAACUCAAUAA